CAUGAAUGGUUUGAAUUUGAGCUCAAUUUGUGAACUCAUUCUUCAUGUGAACUGGACUUACGUUACGGUGAAGUGGUGUCACUGAUUGUCACUGAUUUGGUCACUGUUUACCACCAAUUGGACACACAUUCGGAGGGCACUGAUGGACAACAAGGAGCACGAGAUGGACUGCGGCUCAGACGUGAGCGAAGUGUUGCAACUGACCCAAAAACCCAUGAAAAGGGGGGAGUUUUGGUAUCUGUUGGACAAGAAGUGGUGGGAAUUGUGUAAAGUAUACCUCAACGACAGACAACAGGUCCACAAUCCCGGACCCAUUGACAACUCAGCUCUGUUCCAAUCGACGGACAACUGGACUCUCCGGGAGCGUCUGCAGGAAGACUUGGACUACCAGUUCGUGCCGGAGGAGGGGUGGCAGCUGUUGGUCAAGGAGUUCGGAGUGGUGUGUGAGGAGCAGGUGAUCCGGCGGCCGGUCAUAGAACAGGGCACGUACUCCGCCUACUGUAUGGUUGAGGUCUAUCCCAUCGAACUCAAGCUCUGUCUCUAUGGCGCCAAAGAAGACAUUGUCGUCAAACACUUGAGUCGAGUGACAACUUUGGCUCAAUUGGAGAGCGAUAUGAAGACACUCUUCUCGGUCGACACCUCCAAAGACACCCAAUUGUGGUCGAGUGGGUCUGUGCUGAACGCGCACAACGAGUCGGCCUCUCCUUCCAGUUCUAACGACAAGACAAACGACAAUCAGAGCCUCCAUGACGUGGGACUCAUGAGCGGCACAAUCGUCACUCUGGAGGUGCGCAACAGUGACGGCACGUGGCCUUCGAGUCGUCCCCGUUAUGGAGCCAUAGCCACCCGUUCAUCGAAAUGUGUUCCCGGUUUGUGUGGACUCAUGAACUUAGGGAACACCUGUUUCAUGAACAGUGCGCUCCAAUGCCUGUCCAACACUCAACCAUUGACUGAGUUUCUGGUG